GUGGCCCUAUUGUUAGUAAGGUCAAUCAAAAUACUUAGCUAUUGGGUGUAAUUAUGGAAUAUGCUAACCUGCACACAUCUAUGCUAUGCAAAGAAACAUAUCCUAAAGUCUUUAGAAAAAUAAUAGUUAUAUAUAUAUAGAUAUAGUAUAACCACUACUGAUGAUAAUGGCAGAAGAAGGGAGAUUAGGGGAAUUGGUACUAUUUAUACUAACUAAUGAGAAUGAAAAAAUUUUUGCCCCGUUACCCGCCAUUCGAAUUUUCAGUUAGGCCUUUUUGUCGCUUUCCUGCACACAGCCCAUCUCCAUCUAUACCCAUCUAAUUAAAUUUUGCAGACAUACUACCUUAAUUAUAUAAAACCAAUAACCACAACUUAAUUAUGUCUUCAACUCAUAAUGUAACUGAUUUAAUCGGUUGGUUGAAUGAUAAUGCAUAUUGGAGAGAAGAUCUUAUAGUUAAAGAAUCUAAAUAUGGUGGAUUAGGUGUAUUUAUGAUACCUAAUAAAUCUCAAGAUGAGAUAAAUGACGAUGAUGACGAUGAUGAUCCUUUACUUUUAAGAAUUCCCAAGACAAAUACCUUGUCACCAAAAAAUUCUACUAUAUAUAAUCUCCUUCUUGAUUAUGAACCUAUUCAAGAAAAUAUCGAUCUCACUUCUGGUAUGUUUGGAGUUAUUAUAUCUGUCAUAUAUGAAGUGGAUUUAGGUGACCAUUCACCAUGGUAUGAUUAUUUGAACUCUAUUGAUUUCGAUAAUGCCUCAUUACCAAUAUGUUUAUGGGAUGAUAAUGAAAAAUUGUACCUUAAGAAUACCGAACUUGACUUAAGAAAUUUAUUGAGUCCUAAUGAAUUAAUUGACUUUUUCAUCGAAUGUACUCGAUUUGCUAAAAGUGUUAAGUCAUUGAUUUCUAUACCGAAAGUAUUAAAUGUCGAUAUAAAUGAGAAAGAUCAUAUAUCAAUACUUUCGAGUCAUAAAACAGUCAUUCAUCAAUUUGGAAAGAUCGCCCAAUCUGUUAUAUCUCGUGCAUUCACAAUUGAUGAUUUUUAUGAUCAAGGAUUAGUGCCUGGAGCUGAUUUGUUCAAUCACAUAGAACCAACUUUGAUAAAUGGUAAAGUUAAGGGGAAUGAGCAUAUUCACUUCGUUUGUGAUGCAGAGGUAUGCAUUGAAUGUGGAGAGGUAGAGUGUGAUCAUAUGGAAGUAAUGGAGGAUGACUCUGGAGAUGAACACGAAGACGAAGAUGAAGACGAUGACAAUGAUGAAGAGAACCAGGAUGGUCAAGAGGACGACAACGACGACGAAGAAGGAGAAGAAGAACCAAUAACAGAAAUCACGAUGGAGUACAUUCAAAAAUUAGAACAAGAAGAAGAGGAGGAUUCAGAUGCCGAUACCAAUCAAGAUCCCGAGGAGAUAUCUACAUUUUCAGAAGAAGACCCAGAGAACGUGGAUGAUGAAGAUGAAGGAGUUGAACUCGAAGAUAUAGAUAUUAGCCCAGCGAAAGCGGUGCUUGCUGAAGAUUUAGCUGAUAGUUCUAAAUGCUGUGAUGUACUUUUAGUUGCACCAGCUAGCGAGAAGCACGAUAACGAAUUGUUCAAUUCCUAUGGUAAUGAUCUCUCCAAUUACCUUUUAUUACAAAGAUAUGGUUUUAUCACUGAUUCCAAUGUUAAUGAUGUCUGUUUGUUGGCCGUCCAAUUAUUUACCUACAUACUGGGUAUUAAAACAAAGUCAUCUAAGAAGAAUGUUGCGCAAUUAGAAGAGAAACUUUCAUGGUUAGACCAUAUAGGAUUACAUGUAUUGAAUCAUGUCAUUAGUGAUACACUUCAUAAUGAAGAAGAUGAGCAUGAACAUGAGCACGAUGGACAUGGUCACGAGCAUGAUGAUCAUGAAGAAGAAGAAGAAGCUUCAAUUCCUGAAUCAUGGUCUUUGGCAUGCGGUAUAAUGUUCAGCGGCAGUCCUACGCCGCAGACAUAUGCCAUAUUAAAAUUGGUUGACUUACCCUACCGCGACUUCAAGGAUAAAUUACUUGGCAUUAAGAAAGAGAACGUACUUAUUAAACGAGUUCGGGAGACUUUGUUAGAGUUACCGGAUUCAGAAAUUAAAGCCUAUAAUCAAACCAUAAGACAAUGGUGUGCAGUAAAGCUUAGUAAAUAUUCUUCUAUCCCUGAAAUGUCUGGACCACACCGCGACCUUAUUACUUCAUUAAUUAAGCAAGAAAAAGCGAUCUUAAGUAAGUUCAUAGAGAAGUCAUAAGUGGUAACUAUUAGCAUUAUGUAGCAUAUAUUAUUAGUCAUUAGCAUAGUCAUUAGCAUAGUCAUUAGCAUACAUUAGCAUUAGCUCAUUAGUCAUUAGUCAUAGUUCUGUCGCAAAUGCAUAUUUUUUUUGAGACACACCCAAAUUCGCAGAAUAAACUAGACACUGUAU